AUGUCCGGGGGAAAAAGGAGGUCUGGCCACCCUAAGCUAAUAACGCCCCCAUUUCAUAUCGCCCCGGGCAGAGAGCCAUAUGGCCCCUACAAACUCGCCUUAAUAAUGGCUUUUAACUGCUUCUCCAAAAGUUAUAUCAUUCAGGUUUGACUCAUUCGAGCCUGUGGUCGACAGCAAAAAGAGAAAAACACUUAAAGGCUAAGUGCUAAGCUGAGGUCAGAGGAUGACACAGCAUAAAUGUGAGGUUCGGUCGCUUUUGUAACGGCUGAAGUUACCAAACCUCUCUGCGUAGCGCCCUGUCACGUGACCACCUACUCCAGCCUCCACACUUGAAAUAGUUUGGGGAUGUUUGAAAACAGCUGCUGCCGUGCAGACGCUCCUUCUCCCUGCUGCUCAUCCCCCUCUCCGUCCUGCUGCUGUUGAUCUUCUGGCUCGAUGGAGAAUAAGAAACAGUUCCUGUUCGCCUUGUCUGGAGCCGCAGCCGUCGGGUUUGUCGCCGUAAUAUUUGUGCUGAGAUGGGUUCUCCACUUUAAGGAAGGCCUGGCCUGGGACGGAGGACUGGCUGAGUUCAACUGGCAUCCGGUGCUGAUCGUUACAGGCUUCAUUUUCCUGCAGGGCAUUGCCAUUAUUGUCUACAGGCUUCCCUGGACCUGGCGAUGCAGCAAACUGGUGAUGAAGUUCAUCCACGCAGGUUUGAACUUAACAGCUUUCAUUUUGGCCAUUAUUUCCAUGGUGGCAGUGUUUGACUUCCACAACGCUGCCAAAAUCCCCAACAUGUACAGUCUGCACAGCUGGCUGGGCCUGACAGCAGUCAUACUAUAUGGUCUGCAGCUUGUUCUGGGAAUCGGCCUAUACCUGAUACCAGUUACACCUGUGUCUUGGAGAGAAGCUUUUAUGCCCAUCCAUGUCUACAGCGGUCUUUUUCUUUUCACCAGUGUGAUAGCAGUUGCUCUCAUGGGAAUUACAGAGAAACUCAUCUUUGGCCUGAGUAACCCUAAGUAUAAGGACUCUCCUCCAGAAGCGAUCUUUGUAAAUGUUCUAGGAGUCCUGCUGGUUGUUUUUGGGGCUCUUAUCCUCUGGAUUGCCACUCGAACGCCAUGGAAACGCCCCAGUGAACAGAUCCUGCAUUCUCUGCAUACCAACAGUGGAAGUGAGGAUAACAGCAAAGUCGGUCCAGCACUGUCGGAACUGGAAGAUGGAGCCAAUUCUCAGGUUGAUGGAGAUGUCAGGAAGAGGAAUAGUAAAUCAGACACCUAGGCUAAAAUGAAAAAAAAAAAAAAA